AUGUCGACCUACGAAGUUGAACAUGGCACAGCAGACCCUGCCACAAACCCUCAAUCUACGACGCGUCGCCGCCGCCCUGACCUCUCCACCUUCUUUGCAACUCUCUCUGAGAUCUCCCCAGACCCAGACCACCCCGACCACCGUCCUCAUGCAGUUCCUGUGCCGGGAGAUGUAAGCGCAGCUUUCUACUCGCUCGCCGAGGCGUUCGAGGUGAUGCGACGCGAGGCCGCUACUGGGGGCGCAGAAGGGGAGGAUCUUCUUACACAGAUGAUUCAGAACUUGCUUAGCCAGGCCGAUAUGCCACCCCGGGAGGUAGAGGGUGUGAGUGAGGAAUUCUGUGAUUUGCUCGAUCGUGUUCCCAAAGCUUCACUCAAGCCUGACCAAAGCUGCCCUAUCUGCGGCAAUCCUUUCCUGGAAGAUGAAUACCCCCUUGUCGUGAAAUUGCCUUGCCACCCCACCCACAUCUUUGAUAUGGAGUGUGUGCGGCCUUGGUUGCGGUUGCGGGGUACUUGCCCGCUUGAUCGGGUGGAUUUCGCUAAGGAGCUACGCGAGAAGGAAGAGGCGAGGAAGAAGCUCGUGGAGGAAGAUGAAGAGGAGGAGUGGGAUGGAAUGUAUGGCUGA